GCCGAAGUUUUCCGAAGCUCAGAGGCAGUAGCGGAAGUCUUCGGGUGCAGUCAUACUGGGCGAGAGAGAGAGAGUUCACAAACUUUAAUCUUCCACUCGCUUUGUUUGCUGGUGGAUUGAGGUGUAAACAUGAAGAAUCUCGGACUGAUUCAGGGAUUAUUGCUGUUUUUUAUGAGCAGUGACGCCAUUAUCAGGAUUCCUCUGCGGCGGAUGCCCUCUGUUCGCCGCAUGCUGGUGGACAACGCUCUCGCUCAGGGCCAGCUGAAAUUGUGGAAGGCGGAGGAAGGCAGUGACAUGGCGUGGAGCACGGACGCCACUCAUUGUCCGGUGGAGAAACUCUCAAACUUCAUGGACGCUCAGUAUUACGGUGUGAUCAGCAUCGGGACUCCGCCGCAGGAGUUCACCGUCCUGUUUGAUACCGGCUCCUCCAACCUGUGGGUUCCCUCCAUCCACUGCGCCUUCUUCGAUCUGGCCUGCUGGCUCCACCAUCGAUAUGACUCCAAGAAGUCGAGUACGUAUGUACAGAACGGUACUCAGUUCUCCAUCCAGUACGGCAGAGGAAGUCUGAGCGGUUUCUUCAGUCAGGACACGGUCACGCUGGCAGGUCUGGGUGUACAGAACCAGAUGUUUGCCGAGGCGGUGAAGCAGCCAGGCGUGGUGUUUGCCCUGGCGAAGUUCGAUGGCGUGCUCGGCAUGGCAUAUCCUAUCCUGUCAGUGGGAAAAGUCCGACCUAUAUUCGACUCCAUCAUGGCUGGCAAACUCUUGCAGCAGAACAUCUUCUCCUUCUACAUCAACAGGGACCCUAAAGCGGAGGUCGGGGGGGAGCUGAUGCUGGGUGGUUGUGAUAAGCAGUAUUUUGAUGGAGAUCUUCACUACCUGAACGUCACCCGGAAAGCUUACUGGCAGAUCAAGAUGGACACAGUGGAGGUGGGAAGCACACUGACACUGUGUAAGGACGGUUGCCAGGCGAUUGUCGACUCGGGAACGUCCAUGAUCACAGGGCCUGUGGAGGAGAUUCGAGCUCUGAACAAAGCCAUCGGGGCCGUCCCUCUGAUCAUGGGGGAGUACUGGAUUAGCUGCAGUAAAAUUCCCUCACUGCCGGUGGUUUCCUUCCAUCUGGGAGGGAAAGUGUUCAACCUGACUGGAGAGGACUACGUGUACAAGUCCACAAAGAUGGGCGUGUCUGUGUGUCUGUCUGGUUUCAUGGCGUUGGACAUACCGCCCCCUGCUGGUCCUUUGUGGAUCCUGGGAGAUGUUUUUAUGGGCCGUUUCUACACCGUCUUCGACCGAGACAACAACCAAGUGGGAUUCGCUCCUGCCAAGUGAUUCCAGUGAACCUUGAGGUGGUUGAUAAGAAGUGUUUGAGUGCUGACAUUGUUCUGACAUUUCUCUCCUUAUUUGCAUGUAAACGGCGCAUAGAUUUGAGCAACUCUUUAAGCAGUGUUUCUUUUCAAUGAAACUCUUUAAAUGGAUCCAAAAAAAAAAUUAAGUCUGUAAAAAACCGGCUCACUCCAGGUUCUCCAAGUGGAAUAAUAAAAAAAAAAGGUUACUCAAAAGGGUACCUCAAUGGGGCAAAUCAGUGGGGUAACUCAAUGGUUAAGAUGAAGGGUUAAAUUCAGUGGUUCACCCAAAGUGUCACUCGAAGUGUAAACUCAAUUGGGUAACUCAGUGGGGUAACUCAGUGGGGUAACUCAAUGGUUAAGAUGAAGGGUUAAAUUCAGUGGUUUGCUCAAAGUGUAACUCGAAGUGUAAACUAACUCAGUGGGGUAAAUCAGUGGGCUAAUUCAAUGGGCUAAUUCAAUGGGCCAGCUCAGUGGGGUAACUCAGUGGGGUAACAUCUAGCAUUACCCAAAAUGUAACUCAAAUUUCUGCCAUUUAAUUUUUUCCAUAUUUGCUUACAUUAUUAAUCCAUUAUUAUUUGAACCUUUCACAAAGUUGAAUAUACGCCAAAAACGGAAUUUAACAAUAUAUAUAGUCUUAAAACAAUAUAAGGUUAAUGACGGUAUAUUUCACAAACACCAGCACAGUAUCGUUGUCUCACUCUCUUUUCCUUCAUACACACACAUCAAAUCCUUUCUCUGAUCAUAUCAGCUUGUUUUUUUUUAUCAUAAAGUUUAAUCAUGUCCAGUCACAUUCAGCCUGAAUACAAAGGUUUUCUUUUUUUAAGUCAACUCAAAUUCCUGUUUCAUUCUCCUACAUUUCUGUUUGAAUAUUUUGCAAAGUUUCCAAAAAGAGUACAAGUGUGAGACGACGUUAUCAAAAGAGCGUCAGACAGGUCCGGUUAACGGCUCCGUCACACUACCAAACGAAACCGCGUGACGAACACCAGCACAGGUUCAACUAUUAUGUUCAUUAUUAACAUCAAGCUUGGAACUUGGAUUAUAAAUAAAGUACCGCAUGGACCUUAAGCACGCUUUAAUCUCCUGGCUAGCUUUAAUUUCCUUUUUUGCUGUGUUUAAAUGUGUCCAAUCAUGAGAGGUCUGAAUAACCAGGAUGUGAUCUGAGGACAGGGUCGACUGUUAAAGCAUCAGUUAGAACUUGUGUUAAAAUUUCCUGCAAAAAAAUCCGGCAGCUUUCAGAAUUUUGUGUUUAUAGAAAAGGAGAAACAAACGCUAAAUUCCAGCUGAAUACUACACCUGGGCGACGUCAUGAAGUAUGACGAAAAAUCUUUUUUAUCUGUUUAUUUACAUUUAAUGUAAACAAGUUGGUUCUUGUUGUCAGUUACAUUGUAACGGCUAUAAACAGUCGUUCCCGCACCAAACCUCUCUUAAUUUCUAUCCAUAUCUACAGCUAGUGGAGAAGAAACCAGGAACAUGAGAGAAGUACAGCAUUUGGACUAAAACUAUGCAAAUGUAAUGUUUUUUUUUAUUUUUAUAUAUUUUCUAUAUAGCUACAAGUUCUUAAAAAAUAAAAGUGGUGAAUCAGUUUAAAAGUUCUGUUGAAUCUCUGUACAUUUGAGCUGCUGAAAUUGGGAGGUCUUUUAGUUUUCCUGUAUGUUUAGCUUUGACAGAUUGUUACUGAAGCUCCAUCAUUUCCAGAAAGACCUAAAUGAUGAUGUUUAAUUUUUAUUAUAUUUUAGCUGAUUGUUGCACUGAGACAUGGAUUUGCACUGCGCUGGCUUUCAGCUGUGAAACUUGAAAUAAAGAAAUGUGUGUUUUAUUAAAACAAA